GCUGAAAAGAAGUUGCGGCAACUCUACAGUUAUUAUGCAGAUAUCAGAGAAGGAAGGUAGUUGAGAAAUUUAACUUCUUCGAAAGCAAAGUGAUAAAUUUAUUAUAAAAAGUGAAAAUUAUUUCGUUGCAGCCUGAUUUUCUGAAACAAUAGUCAAAAUUUAGUAACUAUCAAGUGAUCACACUUGUUAAACUAAAAAAAAUCGAAAGUUUUUGUAUAAUAUUAGUUAUUACACACACUGCAACACACCAGCAGUGCAGUAAUCUUUACUCGGGGCAGCAGUUUAUAUAGGAGUCACCGAAGUUACUGCCGGUGCAGUAAGGCAGUUUUGAACAGAUUUUUGCAGUGUUUCUUGUAAUGAAUUAUGAUGGAUGCUUUUAAAGAUCAGCAGUCUUUAUCAUCAAAAUCUAAACUACCUUCAAGUCUCAUUCCUCGUCUAUGGCGAUCUCAGUCUCUUAGGGAAAAAGGAAAACAACUUGUUUUGCCUUCAUUCAAUGAACAGUUGGAGGAAUUCAACUUCCAUGUUCCUUACAGUAGGCAUUCUAUUACAUCUCGAGUCCCAAUUCCUAUUCGCAAAGUUGGUCAAAAGCACCACGGUUCCACUGAAAUGUGUUUCAGAAGCCGUAGUGUGACAAUUGGACAUCCAAUACAAAGUCAAGAAUAUUUUACACCAAUGACACCUGAUGGUGAAAAUGGCUCAUUAAAAAGUUUUGGAAGUUCUGGCAGCUUCAUGUCAUGUGACAUCACCCCACGAUCUGUGUUCAGCAGGUCGUCAUCUUAUGGAGUUAAUUGGGUACCCCCCGAGAAGAAAUACAUUCUCCAUUGUCAAAGAACUUAUGAAUCUCCGGAAGAAUACCUUACACCCACACAGAGAAAAAACAGACAAAUCCACCAGUUGAAGGCUGCAUUAGCUAGAGCCACAAAAGCAUGUGAAGUAAAGGAUGUUGAAAUAGAACAUCUUUAUGCAGAGGUGGAACGUUUACGCAGGUCUUCCUUACAGCAACCAGAUACAGGAUCAAGAAGAACACUUGUCUCAACAUCACCUGUGCUAAAUGAAAUAGAUGCUCCUAGGCAUUUUUUGUCAGCUCAAAUUUCUGACUCUUCAGAUACAAUGGAGGAAGUUGAUUUGGUGAUUGAAAGAAGUACUAAUGUUGAAAAGUCUCUGUAUUUAGAAGACAGUGGGAUUCUUUCAGAUGUGGGAUCAUUAUCUUCACCUAGUGAAAUGCAUGAUACUUGUAGUUCUGACCAAGAAACAUUUAGCUCAAAUGUCAAUUACAAUACAUGUAAAUUUCCAAAAGAUGAAGCAACAACUAAGGAAACACAUUUUGACAUUAAUGACAAGUCACAACUGUCUGAAAUAGAAUUACCUCUAUUUACAUCUAAUGAAACAUCAUCUGUACAUGUAUCUGGAAAUGAUUGUUGUGUGGACAAUGCAAGAUUAAAGCAUGAAACAUGCUUGACACCUUCUCCAUGUAAAGUAAAAGAGAGUAUUGAAAGACCAUCUUUAACAGAUAGUAAUGAAAACUGUUCAACCUCUAAAGAAAACAAAUCUUUGAAAAUCUUAAAUCGAAAUAUUCCAGUAACAACAAAUGUUAUAGAAAAUAAAAAGGAAAGUGUUCAAGUAGGGACAUCUAAUGAAUACACACACAACUGUUCAUGUACCACUAGUGAAAGAAUUUCUGGAAGCACCAAGAACAAAAAUUUAGUCAUUUUUGAAGAAGAUGCAUUUGAAGACUAUGAAAGGGAGCUAAAAGAACUAAAGAUUCAGUAUUCUAAACAAUACCAAGAACUGAAAGAAAAGCAUGACAAUGAAAUUGGAAAUCUUUCACAAAAACUGGCCAAUGUUAAUGCAAGGUACCUUGAACUACAGCCUAUGUAUGAAAAAGCUCUUGAUCAAAUUAAGUGCUUGGAAAAUCAAGUAGUGAAGUUGAAGAAAGACAUUUCAGCUCAGGAGGAAUGGCACAAACAAAUGUACCUCAAAAUGUACAGAAAAGGGCAAGAAGCAGCAAAAUUUGAGCAUGCUGAUGAGGUACUAGAAUUUGCACAACAAGCACCAAAGAAGAUAUCGGUACCUGAACUAUUACAACAACUGCGUCAAACCAAACAGGAAUUAGAACAAGCCAAAGAGUUGUAUCGAAGUGAGUUAUAUCGCAAAGCUACCACAGGAUCACCUCAUCAUCAGGCUGAGUAUACACUGAAGUUUUUGAAAGAUGCUGUUUAUUAUUUUCUUACAGAAAAGGAUAACAAAGGCCAUCUUAAUGCCAUUGAGAGCAUCUUAGGGUUUUCUGAGAAAGAGAGAGGGGCAGUUGCUAAAUCACUAAAACACCGAAGAAUCUGACCUGUAUGUUUUUUCUUUACAAAACACUGAAAAUGGCAGUUGUACUUUACUUAGUAGCUAAAAUUAACAUGUAUGAUAAAACUCCCAUAUAUGAGACGUAAUGUGUCAAACUGUUUAUAUGUGAGUGUUUAUGCAAAAUUUAAACAAAAUUCAGAAUCAAAAUAUAAAAAAUAUUUUAAAUUUGUUAUAAACUCUGGUAUUUGAUUUUAGCGAUUGCAAAAGGUCAUAUUGAUUCAAAAAUUGACAUACAUUUUGAGAACCAUUAGAUGAAAAUAAUAUUACAGUGGCCAAAAUGACAUAUUAGUUACAAAUACCUAAAUAUAUAUAAAGAUUUAUAAUGAAUACAUACAGCAGUUUUCUGCUUAUAAAUAUCUGUUAUGUACAUACAUGAAAACACAUUUAUUUAUACACACACGUACAUGAGUAUAUAGAUGUAUGUACAUGUGUUUACAAUAGUAUAAAUAUUAUUUUUAGUUAAUCAAAUUCACAUGUUGCAAGUUACAAAAGAUAUACACAGUGGAGUACCAGAUAAACUAUUAGAAUAAUUAAUGUGCUUUUAAAAUGAUUUACAUUAUGUAAAGUAGAUUUAUUAAUUUCUAACUCACAGUAAAUGUAAGAAAAUAUGUAUGUGGGUGCAUAUUUACAUAAACAUGUUCUCUUUGUUUAAGAAUUUUUUUCAUUGUUGGCCUUAAUUAAGAAUUUGAUUAAAAUCAACAUCUGCAUCACUGUCACUUAAGAUGUGUUUGAGUAUUUUCCGUCAGAUAGGAACUUUGAUAUUUGCUUAUGUUAUCACACAAGUUUAUAGCCAUCUCAUUGUGGAAAUAAUAUACAUAGUCUUUUGCUUAUUAAGGAUACAUAAAUUGGUAAGUUACAUUAACUGUCUUCUGUGGCAGUAUAAUGUUUCUGUAUUUGAGAAAAUACUCCAAUUGCCAUCCUGGUUUAAAAAUGCAUUGAAACUGUAUGCAUGAGUAAACUUUGUGA